UAUUACAAGGCUAAGGCCUAUCCAACUCCAACCAUUCUUCACCUUCAACUCCCAGUCUUUACAUUCUCCUUUAUUUCUUUGUUUUUCCAUCUUCUUUAACAUCAAAAUCAUGGGUUUUCUCUAAUUUCUUCUUUCUCGUUGAAAUUUUUGCUCUUUGGAAUCUGCCAAUAGAAAGAAGAUGGCUGUGGCUAUGGCUAUGGCUUCUUUGAGUUUUGGAGUUCACAUUAAUUCUAGUCCUAUUUUUAGCAACUUUAUUGUUCCCUUCUCAACUGGGUGUGUGGUGAAGAACUCCUUUGGUCUUGGUACUAAAAGCUUCUACAUUUUUCCAAAGGAAAGACUUUUGGCUUCAGUAACAACAUUCAUUCCGCGAGCAUCAUCGUCCACAGCUUUGGAGGAUGAAAGUAAUAGUGAGACCGACACAGUUCCAAUCCCUAUAGUUAUUAUUGAUCAAGACUCUGAUCCAGAUGCAACUGUAGUGGAGAUAACUUUUGGCGAUCGUCUUGGAGCACUUCUCGAUACAAUGAACGCACUCAAAAACCUAGGCCUUAAUGUUGUCAAGGCAAAUGUCUAUCUGGACUCCUCAGGGAAGCACAACAAGUUUGCGAUCACUAAAUCCGAUACUGGAAGAAAAGUAGAAGAUCCAGAGUUACUCGAGGCAAUUCGUUUGACAAUUAUAAACAAUCUAAUUGAGUACCACCCGGAAUCCAGUUCCCAGUUAGCAUUGGGAACAGCUUUUGGGGUUUUGCCGCCUAAACAACAGAUUGAUGUGGACAUAGCAACUCACAUAAGCAUCCGUGAUGAUGGCCCUGACCGAAGCUUGCUUUAUGUGGAGACAGCUGAUCGUCCCGGAUUACUGGUAGACCUUGUGAAGACAAUAACUGACAUUAAUGUUGCUGUGGAAUCAGGAGAAUUUGACACUGAGGGAUUGUUGGCUAAGGCCAAAUUUCACGUUAGCUACAAGGGAAAGGCCUUAAUCAAGCCCCUCCAGCAGGUUGUUGCUAACAGCUUGAGAUACUUUCUAAGGCGGCCCUCGACCGAGGAGGCAAGUUUCUGAGUCAUGCACACAACAUUCGUUAAAAAGAUAAACCGAAGAAAAUCCUAGAGCAUUUCUGAAUUUGAAAGACCUUGGCCAAAGAGCUGACAUAAUCAGUGGCAUGGAACUCAAGUUUCUUUCAAAUUUCAAUAGCAGUGUAAAAUAAAUUAUUCAUACUGUUGUGUAAGAUUUGAGUAACAGUCUAUCGCUCGGAAACGAAAGUCCAGUAAUAUAUGAACAGGAAAGUAGUUAUUUAUGCAGUUGCUUGAUAAUCUACACGCAUACAAAUCCUAUAAAAAUGGAUUUCCUUGGAAUAUGUUGAAGACAUGUUUGAAUCCAUCCCCUAUGUGCAAGAUGGUUUACAUGUUUGCGAAUUGAAAAAAAAAAAAAAAAAAAAAA